AUGAUUACUCCAAGCGAUCGUAUUAAUGAAAAUGAAAAGUACAAAAAAAACUGCUACGUUGAUGGCGAAAAUUUAAUUUGUACUUUUUGUAAAUAUAUCAUAAAUCAUAAAAAUAAGUUUUUACUUGACCAACAUCUAAAUACCAGCAAACAUAAAGCAAACAAAUAUAAAAAAAAAACUCCUCAAGAAACAAAUCAACCCACUUCUACGUCCCAAGAAGAACAUAAAAUAAUUAAUAUAGACUUAGUUUAUGCCUUAACACAGGCUAAUAUCUCACUCGAAAAAAUAGAUAAGCUUAAACUAUUCUUAUUAAAGUAUUGUAAAAAUG